CAAACUGAGCUAAGGAGUGGUUUUGUUUUGCGGAACGAGUGCACAGUCCGUGUUUUAGAGUACGCAAUCGCCGGAUCGGCUCGGAAGUGCACGGAGGCGACGGGGGUGGACCGGUGCUGUAACGAGGAGGAAGGCGAGAUUAAAGGAGGUUUGCUAUUAUCGAGUAGGGUGAGUUUGACGCAGAAAUAGAAGGAGUAGACGGUGUCGAUAUAAUAGAGCGCAUCGGAAGCUUGCCCAAGAUACAGAUCAGAUAGGAAACGUGCUGGCACUGCGACCAAGAAGAACCAAGAUGCUGAUACCAGCAACCAGCACAUAUCCACCACCUCUCUUUCGCAGCUUUGAUCUUUUACCUCACAACAACAGCAGCCCACGACAUCAAACUAGUAAGAGCGAUAUCGGGGACGAACCGAGCAAUGGAGACGACGAACUGAGUUUGACGUUUUCAAGCCCUUCGAAGGCGAGGAAGUUAAAAAAGAGACCUAAACCUAGUUUUCGCGGUGGUUUCUUUUUUUUUUGUUUUUUUUUUUUCAUCUUGGCUCUGCUUCUGUUUUCUGAUUCGGGGCGAACGGUUGCCUGUUUUGUGGGUUCGGAAGCGCUGUGGCACUGGAGAGCGGAUCUGAGGAGCGGUGGAAUCAGUGGGUUGUAUAAAUUGUUGUAUAUUUGUUGUUUAUUUGUUGUCUAUUUAACGGUUGACAGGCCGAAAAGUGGUAAAUUGGCUUGGCCACGGAAGCGCUCCGAGCAACGCCGGAUGAGACAGAGAUAAGGGCGAAUGCCAGUAAAUAGCAGAGGAAAACAACCAGAGCAGCAGAGAAGGCCAAAGAGAAGAAAAACGAGGAAGAGCUUCUC